AUGUCUGAUUAUGACAUUAAUGAAGAUAAAUAUAGUAAAUUUCAACGAGUCUGUAGUGACUGCAAUAAUUUGUAUAUUUCGUUAUAUCAAUUAAAAACGGAAAAUGAAAAAGAAUUGCACUCGAUUUACGAAAAGAUCAAAACAAUUUUGAUUGAUUCAAAGAAAUAUUCACCUCAAAAUAUUAUCUGCGACAUUUUAAACAUCAUUCCAUAUAAAAACCGCUACAUAAAGUCAUACUUGGAACUAGCGAAAUUCAUAUCUGAUGAUUAUCAAGUAAAUGAAGUCAAAAAUAUUCCCAACAUAUCUAAUUUCAUGUUUUAUAACGACUACGGAAUUAAAUUAUGCAAAAGUCAAGAUUUUAAGAAAAUGGAUAAAAAAAUCUCGAAAUUCUAA